AUCACGCUUCUUUUUCCACAAGUGUAUCAUCAAACUUCCUUGUUGAGAAAUGAUCACGCAAAGCACUAUGGGAUAUGUAUACAGUAGUCAAGGGGAUAACAUGGCUUGAGAUCUUGACAUGAAAAUUUAAAUCCUGCUGGAAAUUGUGACAUUUAACAGACAUAUUGCACGGAAUACUUAAACUUAUUGGUUUAAAAUGGCUUCAAAGCACACAAAGUCCUUCAAAGACUCAAUGUCAAUGGCAUCUGAUUUGAUACAUGACUUUGUCUGCUCUCCGUGUCAAGAAGACAAGCUGAAUACUGAGGCCAAGUAUUUCUGUGGGGACUGCUCAAAAUACUAUUGUGACAAGUGCCUGACUUUUCACUCCAAAAUCCACAAACAGCACACUGUGUUGGGCCGUAAGGAUGUGGACAAGUGGCUGGGGCAGGGCGACGCCCUCAUUUCAUGUGACCUUCACCCACAAGAGGUCAUUAAACUUCUAUGUGAGGAUCAUGCUGAGAUGUGCUGCCACCUCUGUGUGUCCUUGAAUCACAGGAUGUGCAGAAGCAUUAGCUUGAUCUCAGACCUGGCUAAGGGUAUAUACAAGAAGGCCGAUUACAUGCAGCUCCCAUCUAUGGUUGCUAAGGUAACAACUAGUCUUAACCAGGUCAAAGAGGUCAGAAAGAAGAACCAAGGCUCCUUGAAGACAUCUUGCAAGUCAAUGCUAACAAAGAUCACAGACCUAAGGAAGUCACUGAACCGGCUGCUAGAUGAGCUGGAAAAGAAGACAGUGGAACAGAUGGACAGUGUCCUGGCCGACCUGGAUAACACACUACAGAAGGACAUUGAUUCCUGCACAAGCAUUCAUGACCGGCUCAAGGCCUUGCUGGACACCAUCCAAGCCCAGGGCAAGGACGAUGAGUCAAGCUCCUACAUUGGCUUCAGAAAGUGUGAAGAGAAGAUGGCAGAAGCCAACAACCUGCACCAGGAGAUGUCCACAAAACCUGAACUGACUGUCACUUUCCAGUCAGAUACCAGGGUUACACAACUGCUGUGUGAUAUAAAAACAUUAGGCAAGAUCCUGGGGAAUCCCGAAACACCGACUGGCCAUCAACUGUCUGGACAGUUUAGGCCAUUGUCUGAUAGAUCAAGGGUUAUCACAGUUAAAAACAAAUCUACCUUCAAUGUGGACAUCAAACAAGAUACAGAUAUCUGUAAUAUUAUGGGUAUAACAGAACUUCCAUCAGGAGAGGUUAUUCUUGUAGAUAACAGCAAUAGCAGAGUGAAGGUAUUGAACAGGGAGUAUAAGGUAAUAGCCCAGUGUGAUGUUCCUCCAAAGCCCAAGGACAUCUGUCAUGUGACUGGAAAUCAGGUGGCUGUAGCAGUAAACCGUGUUGGUCCUGUCAGGCAUGAGGUCCACUUUCUCACUGUGUCAGCUGGCACAAUCAAGAUGACCAGGAUGUUCUCAGUUGACCAUGACUGUUCGUCCAUCAGGUACCAUGGGGACCAGCUGUAUGUGGGCUCCAAGACAAGCAUACACCUCUGCACCGCAGAUGGCAAGCAAGUCAAGAAAAUGUAUGAAAACACAUCAGGAGGGCAGACAGUGGCUCAUUUUGCUUUAAACCAAGAUGGCAAGAGGAUAUACAUCUGUAACUGGACCAAUAAAAAAAUCAUUACAAUUGACAUCAAUGGCAGCAUUCUAGCCACACUGCAGGAUCCAGACAUUGGAGGGCCAUGUGGUGUACAUGCGAGUGAGGUUGGACAUGUGUUUGUGUGUUCAUGGCGCUCCAACACAGUGGUGCAGAUUGACCAGGAAGGCAGGAAGAAGCUGGCCACACUGGUCGGGAGGAGAGAUGGAAUCAACUAUCCAAGGGCAGUUUGGUACAGCACCCACACUGGCAGACUGAUUGUCGGUGGAUUACAAGAUGACAUUCUGGUGAUGGAACUCCAGUAAAGAGACAACCAGAAAG